AUGUUCCACGGGCUCGCUGAAGUUCUCUGCCGUUCCUUCGGUGGCAAGAUGUCCGGUUGCUGCGCGGGUGUCGGUGGUGUGUCGUCGACGAAGAUCGGUGCCGUUGAAGGACCAGCGAUUGGUGUUGAUGUUGCCGCUGUUGUCUCCGUUGUCUCUGCUGCUGCUGAUGUUGUCUCUGCUGCUGCCGAUGUUGUCUCUGCUGCUGUCGAUGUUGUCUCUGCUGCUGCCGAAUGUUGA